AUGCGUGGCGAGCACACUGUUGUGGUGCGCACGAAGAUCCUCCCCGAGGAGGAGGAGGAAGAGAUCCACGUGUUUGCAGCAAAGCCGGCUGCAGCGCCGCAACCUGCACCAAAGAUUCCUGAUAAUGAUGAUGAUGAUGACGAUGAAGAUUGCAUCGCCUACGUUGCUCACACGAGUGCGCCAGUAAAUGUCGCCACCGCUCGCUCAGUCUCGCUGAAGCGGCCGCGCAGCAGCACGGAGGAGUCUGCGGCGGCCGCUCUCGACGCAGAGGCGGGGGAGUUUCUGCCCGACGACACGGACAACCCACACGAUCGCACGGCUUAUGAGCGAUGGAAAGCACGCGAUGCCGUACGACCUAAGAAGUUGUUGCUGGGAUGA